AUGAGCUCCACCAGUGCCUUUGUUGCAAUCCUUCAUUGCGAAGCAAAGAACUGCGAAGAACGAGCGAAAAAUCUCCGAGCGACAGCAAAUGCUAUCGAAGCAAAAGCUCCAGUAGCCGGACCCGCACCCGCGGCGAAGAAACGCAAGCGUGAUGAAAAGUCAAAGCGAGUCCAUCUGGCUUAUUCCGAAUUUAUCAAGGUUAACAUUGAGCAGUUCAAAAAAACCCACCCUGAUGUUCCUGCGCGCGAGGUCGUAUCCAUAAUCUCACGACAAUGGACCAAUACCAGUGAGGAAGAGAAGAAUAUCUGGAGAUUUCGUGCGGAACAGCUGGACAUGGAACAAACGGAGAACGGGGAUGAUGAUGAUGAUGAUGAUGAUUCGGACAACGAGCAUGAUAUAGGAGGCGGUGAGGAUGAGAAUGCCGACAAACCCCCCAGCCUAAAAGAUCCACCACCAGAUUCGGACGGGAUAUUGGCAGAAGUUUAA